ACAAAGCCACAUUUUAAAUAGACCCAAUCAAUAUACAUCUCUCUUCACAUGCCCAUUCAAUCGAAUCUCCUCUCAUUUCUUCUUUUGUUUUGUUGGACUUAGAUAGAAUCAAAGAAUACACAAAAGUGUCAAAACACUUAUCGCUACUAUAACCUCCACCAUCUUCAUCAUCUCUCCUUAUAAACCACUCUACUACUCUACCCAUCUCUAAGCUCUUUAUAAGCAAUGGUUCAUGUGUCAUCGCAUGGAGCAAAAGAUGGCUCAGAAGAAGCUUUCGACUACAGAGGAAAUCCACCUGAUAAGUCCAAAACCGGUGGAUGGUUAGGCGCCGGUUUAAUCUUAGGGAGUGAGCUAUCGGAGAGAAUAUGCGUGAUGGGCAUAUCUAUGAAUCUAGUGACGUACCUUGUCGAAGAUUUACACAUCUCAUCAGCAAAAUCAGCGACCAUAGUCACAAAUUUCAUGGGAACUCUCAACCUCUUAGGACUUCUUGGUGGUUUCUUGGCUGACGCUAAACUCGGUCGCUACAAGAUGGUCGCAAUAGCUGCCUCUGUCACAGCUCUGGGAGUGCUGCUAUUGACAGUGUCUACAACCAUCCCAAGCAUGAGACCGCCACCAUGUGACGAUUUCAGAAGACUUCACCAUCAGUGCGUAGAGGCAAAUGGUCACCAGUUAGCUCUUCUCUACGUCGCUCUCUACACCAUAGCUCUAGGCGGCGGAGGAAUCAAAUCCAACGUCUCGGGCUUCGGGUCUGACCAGUUCGACACGAGUGAUCCUAAAGAAGAGAAGCAGAUGAUCUUCUUCUUCAAUAGAUUCUAUUUCUCCAUCAGCCUCGGAUCUCUCUUCGCCGUGAUUGUUCUGGUUUACGUCCAGGACAACGUGGGAAGAGGCUGGGGCUACGGGAUCUCGGCCGCGACUAUGGUGGUCGCGGCCGUGGUUUUGCUCUGCGGAACGAAACUGUACCGUUUCAAGAAACCUAGAGGAAGCCCUUUCACUGUUAUAUGGAGGGUUGGUUACUUGGCGUGGAAGAAAAGAAACGAGAGUUACCCUUCAAAUCCUAGUCUUUUAAACGGUUACGACAACACAACGGUUCCCCACACAGAGAGGCUAAAGUGUUUGGACAAAGCCGCGGUUGUCACAGACGAAAAGGAUUCGUGGGGCGUGUCGACCGUUACACAGGUCGAAGAAGUGAAGCUAGUUGUGAAAUUGAUUCCUAUUUGGGCAACGAACAUUCUCUUCUGGACGAUUUACUCCCAAAUGACUACAUUCACAGUGGAACAAGCCACGUUUAUGGAGCGUAAAGUCGGGUCUUUCACCGUUCCCGCAGGCUCAUACUCGGCUUUUCUCAUUCUCACGAUUCUCCUCUUCACUUCCCUUAACGAGAGAGUCUUUGUGCCUUUAACAAGAAUGAUCACAAAGAAACCUCAAGGACUCACCAGCCUCCAGAGGAUUGGAGUUGGGCUCGUGUUCUCAAUGGCUGCAAUGGCUGUUGCAGCGGUUAUAGAGAACGCUAGACGCGAGGCAGAGGUCGCCAAGGGGAUGAAGAUAAGCGCGUUUUGGUUGAUUCCACAGUAUUUCUUGGUUGGUGCGGGUGAAGCGUUUGCUUACGUUGGACAGCUUGAGUUCUUUAUAAGAGAAGCACCAGAGAGGAUGAAAUCUAUGAGCACCGGAUUGUUUCUAAGCACGGUUUCGAUGGGAUUCUUUGUGAGCAGCUUGCUUGUUUCUCUUGUCGAUAAGGUUACACACAAGAGCUGGCUUAGAAGCAACCUCAACAAAGCGAGACUGAACUACUUCUACUGGUUACUUGUUGUCUUGGGAGCUCUGAAUUUCUUCGUUUUUCUUCUGUUUGCGAUGAAGCAUCAGUAUAAAGCUGAUAUGAUUAGUGUUGGGGUUGAUGAUUCAGUGGAGAAGGGUAAGGAUAGCGAAAAAGAAAAGUCUGAGUUUGAGCUUAAGGACAUUCCAUAAAAACAGAGAUUUGUCUUACUAGUUUCUUGAUCGCUUGCUUGUAAUUUGCUUUGAAUAUUUUCAUUGUGUUUUCGUAAUUUUAAGUAUAGUGUUCUUUUUAUGCCACAUUCAGGAAUCUUUAUUAUA